GGAACGCUCAAAAUGCCCAAUUUUGAGCCCAAUGCCGUUAUUCGCGGUGCUCAGCUCACGAUUGUUGGAACUGUGCGAGCACUGCGGAACCCAGAACUUUUCAAGCAUGAGCACUUCCGACAGGCGGCUUUUGCGGUAGCUGUAGGAGUCGCCAUUGAAUUAAUUAUUCAGAUCCCCAUCAUCGGGGUCAAGUUUCUACUAUGGAUCCUAUCUUGGAUGGCCGACUUAGAGAGCGCGACUUGGGACGAUGCUCUUCUUGAAAGUCUUAAUUUCCUGAGCAAAUCAGUCCUUCAAGUUCCCUUCCUGGUGAUGACACUCAUGCGAUACAUCACCCCAACUCUCGAUGAAAUCUUUAUGGAAUCGAUAAAAUGGGUCGACUCAACUUAUGUUGACAAACAUAAGGCGGAUGAUCCCAAGACUUUACGGGCCAUGUACUACCCAAGCCUGGCGAUGUACUCUACCAAGGGGAGUGUUGGGGUGUCCAAGCCAAAAGGUGAAUCGGCUCUCGUAUUCGUCCGUCGCUAUGGGCGCAAGGUCGGGAUGAUGCUUGGUAUCUUUUUGCUGUCGCUUCUUCCAAUCGUUGGGCGAUUUGUGAUGCCUGUGGCUUCGUUCUUUUCUUUCCAAAAGAUGGUGGGCCCAGCCCCUGCCGCUGCUAUCUUCGGGACCGGCCUCGUGCUCCCCAAGCGUUACCUGGUUACCUUCCUCCACAGCUACUACGCUUCCCGCAGUUUGAUGCGUGAACUCCUGGAGCCAUACUUCUGCCGCAUCCGAUAUACUCACGAACAGAAGCGCCGCUGGUUUGCGGAUCGGGAAGGUGUUCUAUUUGGUUUUGCCUUUGCCUUCACUGUUGUGCUGAAGACACCGUUUAUCGGAGUUCUCAUGUACGGUAUUGCGCAAGCAUCCACGGCCUACCUGGUUACCAAGAUCACUGAUCCUCCACCGGUGCCCGCGGAGAGUGAAGGCUUUGCUGAAAGCCAGGUGACCUGGAAGAAUAAGCAUGAUUUCCUGCAGCUGUCUCUGGAGAACAUUGACAAGAUCAACCUUGCUGCGCAGAGUAAGAAGGACGGUGGCAGGGCUGAUGAACCGGAUGCGCUUCGGCGGAAGUUCGCCUAG